AUGAGUCUGGAUGAUGGGUUUUGUCACCAUCAUUGCUCCGCGCGCAGUGGUGGUUCUCUCGCUGCUGGACCAGUGACGCGCUGCGAAGAAGGAGACCUCGCGCUCCACAGCGGACGUCGUGUCACGCGACUCUACAGCACGGCACUGCCGCACAGGCCACAGUACAGCAGGGCGGCGCAGGGCACCGAGCACCGGCGCUCCGCGAUUCCCUCUGGCUGCGACGGCAAGAGAGGCCGAAAGGAAAGGCGCAGGACGCAGAGCAUCAACAGCGCCUUUGCGGACCUCCGGGAGCGCAUCCCGCACGUGCCGGCCGACACGAAGCUCUCCAAGAUCAAGACUCUCCGACUGGCGGCCAGCUACAUAUCGCACCUCAUGGACCUUCUGGAGAAGGGCGAGCAGAACGCGCACAGGGAGCCCGUCGGGGCCGAAAGCGGGAAGAGUGAAAAGAGAAAAAUGAUCAACGAACUGCCUGUUUGUUCGCAGCACAUCGGACUUCUAGAACGAUCGAAAAGCUGCACUGGAGAGAAAGGCAGGACUGGAUGGCCGCAGUGUGUGUGUGGUCCUCGGAGCUGAGCUGCUCAACACUGCGCUUCGUCCUUGAUUGUCUGGACUCUUCUAGACUCAUCAUCGCGCUCCUUCUCAUUUUGGUGGCAAACUAUGCCCCUGAAUGGACACAGGAAUAAACGGGGGUGUAUUGUGAAGGCGGGGUAGGAGGGUGACACCUCGAUUCCCGAACGCACUUUUAUUAAAUCCCGGAAACUGUAAGUACAUUUGGAGCAAUUUCAGAAAAUUACAACUGUUGGCAUUUUUUUUUCCAUACAUCAUGGAGAAGACUGAAAUAAGACUACACUACUCUUGCUGGCCAAAAAAGUCUAGUGGACAGUAA